AUGUUUAUUUCUUACGAUCUUCUGUACCAUAUCCUCGGGUACCUUUGUGAUGAAGACCUGCUGCCCAUUAUGGGUGUUAGCAAUAUGUGGAGGAGAACGGCAAUGGACCGUAUAGAGGUUCUGGAGUUAACAUCGAGUAACAUGAAUGCAGUGCUGCUACUGUUAGCAGAAUGUCGACAAGUGAAGAAACUGGACAUUACCUUUACUGGUGAUGCGAGGAAUCAGAGACUUAACAGUUUCAUCAGGUUACCCACAAACGCAACAGAACUGCGUUGUAGAGGAGCCAUACCUGAAUGGUGGUUAUCCUCCGUAACCAAACGUCUUCCCAAUCUGACAGUUGUGGAACUCAUUGACAACGACACGGCAGCAGGAGAGUUCCUGAUAGGAGCUCCCCUGACAACCAUAGAACUGACGAACUCUCCAGCGACCCCUCCUCCAGCAGCUCCAGCAACCCCUCCUCCCGCAGCUCCAGCGACCCCUCCUCCCGCAGCUCCAGCAACCCCUCCUCCCGCAGCGCCAGCAACCCCUCCUCCCGCAGCUCCAGCAACCCCUCCUCCCGCAGCUCCAGCAACCCUUCCUCCCGCAGCUCCAGCAACCCUUCCUCCCGCAGCUCCAGCGACCCCUCCUCCCGCAGCUCCAGCAACCCUUCCUCCCGCAGCUCCAGCAACCCCUCCUCCUGCAGCUCCAGCAACCGCUCCUCCAGCAGCUCGUCGGACACGAGUGAGGAACAUUACCAUUGACGGAGUUUUGGUGGAAUACAGAACAGUACUCAACUUGACCAUCAACGGGAAAUCUCUCUCGUGGAUGGUCAACGGUACACCUUAA